CUUCAGCCUCACAGCGAAACAAGGUGCCACACAAAGAGGCGCAGCGGGGCAGGCGGGAUCCACGCACGACUUUUUUAUGGAAUUUACGCGCAGAAGUGGCUCGCGCAGGAGUAUGAGCGCGCGAGCUUUGCGGGACUGAUCGGACUCCCCAGCCUGCUUGCAACUCGCAAGUUCACUGCCACUUUUUCACAGUGGUGGUGGCGGGAGGGAGAGGACUGUUUGUGCGCACAAGCCAACGAUGGAGAGGAGGACCUCUGCGUGGUGCGUGCUGGUAAGCCUCAUCCUGCACGGGACGCGCUGCUUGGCGGCCAAAGAGCUGCAAUGCCAGGAGAUCUCCGUCCCUCUCUGCAAAGGAAUCGGCUACAACUACACGCACAUGCCGAACAAGUUUCACCACGACACGCAGGACGAAGCCGGGCUGGAGGUGCACCAGUUCUGGCCCCUGGUGGAGAUAAAAUGCUCCCCGGACUUGCGCUUCUUCCUGUGCAGCAUGUACACCCCGAUCUGUCUGGAGGACUACAAGAAGCCGCUGCCGCCGUGCAGGAGCGUGUGCGAGCGCGCCAAAGCCGGCUGCGCGCCGCUCAUGAGGCAGUACGGAUUCCCGUGGCCGGACCGGAUGAAGUGUGACCUGCUGCCCGAGCAGGGCAACCAGGACACGCUGUGCAUGGACUACAACCGCAGCCAGACCACCACCGUGUCCCCGGCGCUGGCCAAGCCCACCAACCGGCCCCUGAAGCCCUACAACAAGCGGAAGGGCCCCUACGGGCGCACCGUGCCAGGUAAACACAAACCCGCGGCGUCCCCGUGCGAGGCGGGCUGCUCCUGCCGCGCGCCCAUGGUGCCCGUGACCAGCGACCCGCACCCGCUGCACAACCGGGUCCAAACGGGCCAGAUCCUGAACUGCGCCAUGCCGUGCCACAACCCGUACUUUACGCAGGAGGAGAGGACGUUCACGUCGUUCUGGAUCGGCCUGUGGUCCAUCCUCUGCUUCAUCUCAACUUUCACCACCGUGGCCACGUUCCUGAUCGACAUGGAGAGGUUCAAGUACCCGGAGCGGCCCAUCAUCUUUCUGUCCGCCUGCUACAUGUUCGUGUCAGUGGGAUAUAUUGUCAGGCUGAUUGCCGGGCACGAGGAGGUGGCGUGCAACGCGGGGAACGGCGCGGGGCACAUCCACUACGAGACCACGGGCCCCGCGCUCUGCACCGUCGUCUUCCUGCUCAUCUACUUCUUCGGCAUGGCCAGCUCCAUCUGGUGGGUGAUCCUGUCGCUCACCUGGUUCCUGGCUGCAGGGAUGAAGUGGGGCAACGAGGCGAUAGCCAGCUACUCGCAGUACUUCCACCUGGCGGCCUGGCUCAUCCCCAGCAUGAAGUCCAUCGCGGUUCUGGCGCUGAGCUCCGUGGACGGGGACUCGGUGGCUGGGGUGUGCUAUGUGGGGAACCAGAACCUGGACAACCUGCGGGGGUUCGUGCUGGCGCCGCUGGUCAUCUACCUGUUCAUCGGCACCAUGUUCCUGCUGGCCGGGUUCGUCUCCCUCUUCCGGAUCAGGAGCGUCAUCAAGCAGGGGGGCACCAAGACCGACAAGCUGGAACGCCUGAUGAUCCGGAUCGGGGUCUUCACGGUUCUGUACACGGUCCCGGCCACCGUCAUCGUGGCCUGUUACUUUUACGAGCAGCACAACCGGCAGGCGUGGGAGAUUACGCACAACUGCACGUGCGCCACGGAGCCCAGCCGGCAGAGACCCAACUACGCCGUGUUCAUGCUCAAGUACUUCAUGUGUCUGCUGGUGGGGAUCACGUCGGGGGCCUGGAUCUGGUCCGGGAAGACCCUGGACACGUGGAGGACUUUCUGCACGCGCUGCUGCUGGGGCAGCAAAGCCUCCGCGAGCUCCAUGUACAGCGACGUGAGCACGGGGCUGACGUGGAGGUCCGGCACGGCCAGCUCCGUCUCCUGCCCCAAACAGAUGCCCUUGUCCCGGGUUUGAACAGUGGGAGGGGGGGAGGGGGGCAGCCAUUCAUGGCCUGAAAGACUGAAUGAAUGUUUUUUAUUUAGUAAAUUAUUAAGUUAACUUUUGGCACCCGGAGCCUCGCUUUCCUUUUUGCCUUAUCCAAAUGACGUCCACAUGUGAAACGGGGGGUGCGUGCGCAGGAGUGGGGGUUCACUAAUUGAGUCUGGAUUGUUGUAAUUAGCACAUUAAUGAGCGUCUAAUGGCUUCUCCUUAAAUAAUGAGGCUGUCAGCAGCAUAACAAUGUACCUGGCGCGGAGAAUGCCGGGUCUUAUCUGCGCUUCCAUUGAACGCGCGCGCGGCUGACAAGAUCCCCCGCGUCGAUACCCGCUGCUGGGACUGUGAAAGAGCCGCUGUGUCUUAAACAUCCACGUCCCGCCUGCGCAGCGCUCCUCUGUCCAGAAUGCCUUAACUCACACUGUCUGUCUCAUACGGGUUGCAUCCGCGCGUAAAAGAAGUUGUAUUUAUAUAAUUAUUUGAUGUACAAAUGCUGUGAAUUUUGUAUAUGAAAUUUUACAAGGAUGUACAUAUGUAUAAUUCACACUUUGAUAGAAGAUUUUAUUUUGAAAAUAAAUUUUAUGGAUUGUU